CAGCGCCCCUGUGUCUCUACGGUGCGCCUGCGUGCUGAAACACACACCGAGCGACCGACCGUCCGCUGCCUGGACCGGCAGCAGACCAGAGCGACCCGGGCUGCUGUGAACUUCACGGUAACGGUAACUGCGGGCAGUAACGGUAUCGGUGCCAGUAACGGUGACGUGAUGUGAUGCGAUGCCGCGCGGGAUCACGGUAACGUAAGAACAGCAGCAGCAGCGGAGGAGGAGGAGGAGGAGGAGGAGGAGGACUGUCGAGGCUGAGCCGAGGAGGAUGCAGCAGUGACCGACUGAUCGGUACCGGGAGGAGGGGAACACAUCCGUCCGUCCAACGGUGCGACCGCCCGCCCGGGAGCCUGGACCGAUCCGAUCUGAUGUAAACCCGCAGGGAUGGACGGGUAGGCAGGGAGGAGGCGCGAGGAGCGGAGCGACCGACGGUACAUAACGGAGGAGAGAGCCGAGGAGGAGGAGGAGGAGGAGAGGAGGGAGGCGCCAGGCGGAGGAGCAGCGCGAGGAGGAGGGAGGAUGAAUCCGGUGGAUGGAGGAGGAGAAGCGGGCCCGGACGGCCUGGCGACGGCAGGUUCAGGUAAAGCAGAGUGCGUUCGGGCGGUCGACGUCCUGACGGUGCUCAGAGAGAAAGUGGCCUUCGUGUCGGGUGGACGGGACAAACGUGGCGGACCGAUCCUGACCUUCCCUGCCAGGACCAAUCAUGAUCGAAUAAAACAGGAAGACCUCAGCCGAUUGGUCACUUACCUGGCGACCAUACCCAGUGAGGACGUGCGUGCUCGUGGCUUCACGGUGGUGGUGGACAUGCGCGGCAGUAAGUGGGACAGCGUGAAGCCGGUGCUACGGACGCUGCAGGAGUCGUUCUCCUCCAACAUCAACACAGCGCUGCUCAUCAAACCAGACACCUUCUGGCAGAAACACAAGACCAACCUGGGCAGCGCCAAGCUCAGCUUCGAGACCAGCCUGGUGUCGGUGGAGGGUCUGUCCCGGCUCGUUGACCCCUCCCAGCUGACCUCUGACCUCGGGGGCUCGUUGGAGUACGACCACGUGGAGUGGACCGAGCUGCGUCUGGGUCUGGAGGAGUUCUCGGGGGCCGCCUCGCAGCUGCUGUCCCAGCUGGAGCAGCUGGAGGCCGGGCUGAACCGCAUACCGGAGCCCCAGGACGUGGACGAGGCCCGCAAACUUCUCGAGGAACACGGUCGUCUCCGUAACACCAUUGCCACGGCACCGGUUGACGCCCUUGAGCGAGAGGGGCGGAGCUUGCUCCAGCGCAUGCGCCUGGGCCCCUCCCACGGCGACGCCUCUACCGAAGGUGGCGGCGGCGGCUGUAGCCACGGCAGCUGGCUGUCGGGCGGGGCAGACUUCCAGAGUGUUGCACCGAAGGUUUCGUCUCUGCUGGACCGGCUGCAGGCGGCUCGCAGUCACCUGCUGCAGAGCUGGAGCGACAGGAAGCUGCACCUGGACCAGGCGCUGCAGCUGCACCUGUUCGAGCAGGACGCCACCAAGAUGUCGGAGUGGAUCGCUCACAGUAAAGAGUUGUUCAUGCAGAGUCUGGUGGAGGUCGGCCAGAACCACCAGCACGCCCUCGACCUCCAGACACAACACCAGCACUUCACCGCCAACUGCAUGAACGGCAGCGUGAACGUGGACAGCGUGGUUACCGUGGCGGCGAGGCUGGCGGAGGCCGGUCACUACGGGGCGGAGCGAAUCGCCACUGUGUCGUCACGGUUACAAGAAGACUGGAAGUCCCUGACGGCGACGCUGGAGGAGCGCAGCAACACGCUCGCCAUGGCAACCGGCUUCCACCAGGGGGCAGAGCAGUUCCUGCUCAGAGUGGAGGGUUGGGUUCAGGCGUGCUCUGAAGGGCCGUUGCCGUCGGCGACAGCAGAGCUGGAAGCUGCCACGAAGAAACACCAGGAGCUGAACGAGGAGAUCUCUGCUAACUACACGCAGGUCAGUGAGAGUGGUAAAGCCUUAUUGGACGUCCUCCAGCGUUGCCCGGCGACUGACUCCGACGACUCAGCGACCAAACCAGACCUCACUGCUGCCACGCACGGCAUCAUGGGAGUUCUGCACCAGGUCAUGCAGGGUCAUCAUGAGGUGGAGGGGGCGUGGCAGCAUCGUAAACUCCGCCUCCACCAGCGCCUGCAGCUGUGUGUGUUUCAACAGGAUGUUAGACAGGUGUUGGACUGGGUGGAGCAGCAUGGUGAGGUUUUCCUGAACAAACACAGCGGCGUGGGGAAGUCGCUGCACCGAGCGCGAGCGCUGCAGAAACGCCACGACGACUUCCAGCAGGUCGCACAGAACACUUACACUAAUGCAGAGAAGCUUCUGGAAGCAGCAGAUCAGCUGGCCCAGUCUGGAGAGUGUGAGGAGGAGGAGAUCUACCAGGCAGCCCGAGACCUGGAGCUCCGCAUGCAGGCGUUCAUCCAGCGAGUUGAACAGAGGAAGCUGCUGCUCGACCUCGCUGUGUCUUUCUACACACACACCAAGGAGCUCUCAGUAUGGAUGGAGGGCCUCCAGAAGCAGCUCUCCACAGAUCUCUGCGUUUGUCCGGACACCGUUGAGGCUCUGCAGGCUCUCAUCAGCCAGCAGCAGCAGCAGCAGGCCAACACACAGGAAGCUGCGAUGAGUGUCAUACGGGAAGGAGAAGACCUCAUCCUACAACUCAGGCCCCAGGGCAGCUCGGUUGCCCAUGUGGAGUCAGUGCUGCAGCAGCUGGAGGAGUCUCAUGUUCAGUUGGAAGAACUUUUCCACCAGAGGAAGAUCCGAUUGGAUGUUUACCUACAGCUCCGCAUUCUGCACCAGUGCACGCUGGAGGUAACCGGGGAAAUGGAUGCCUGGAAGCAGGACCUCCAGAAACAGUCCCAGGACUUCUCCGCAGAGAAGCUAGCAUCGCCACGGCUAGCCGACGCAAACCACGACAAGCUAGCCCAGGACAAGCUAGCAUUGGGCCAGUCACGGCUAGUGGAGGCUAGCCCUGAGGUGCUAACGCUAGCACAGCAGCGCAUCCACAGGCACAUGGAGCGAAGGCUAGCAAUGAACAAUAUGAUCUAUGAGGUCAUCCAACAAAGUCACGACCUUCAGCAGUACAUCACUGAGGUCCAGGCAUCGGGUAUCGAGCUGUCGGAGGUGGAGGGAGGUCUCUCCUCUCAGGUGGAGGAGAUGCAGCGCCUCCUUCAGGACAAACAGAAGGAGAUGCAGCAGAUUGCAGAUCACACGCACACACACCUGGAGCAGAACCUGCAGCUGAGACACCUGCAGAGCCAGGUCAAACAGGUGCUGGGUUGGAUCUCAGAGGGGGAGGUCAUGCUGUCGUCCUGCAUGUUGAACUCCAGCUGUCUGUCUGAAGCUGAGCAGCUGCAGAGGGAGCACGAGCGCCUCCAGCAGGCCAUAGAGGCUCUGCUCCAUUCUGACUCCCUGCAGAGGACUCAUCAGGUGGCUCUGGCUCUGCAACAGAGAGCAGAGCUGCUGGUCCGGUCAGGUCACUAUGAUCCAGAUGCAGUGAGGUCUUGUGCCCAGACGGUGGCGCUGCACUGGCAGACUCUGAUGCUGAGGAUUGAAGACAGACUGAAGCUGGUCAACGCCUCCGCAGCCUUCUACAGGACAUCCCAACAGGUGUGUGGGGUGCUGGAGAGUCUGGAGCAGGAGUACCGCAGGGAAGAGGACUGGUGUGGGGGUGGAGAGAGACAGCCAGAACAACUCAUGCCGCUCAUUAACAAACACAUGGAGCAGAAGGAGGCGUUCCUGAAGGCCUGCACUCUGGCCAGACGGAACGCUGAAGUUUUCCUCAAAUACAUCCACCGCAACAGUGUCACCAUGGCGAACAUCUCGGGCCACAGCGUCACCGUCUCCGGGGUAACGGGUGUCACCGAGGUCACCGGGCACUCCAGGGUACCGGAGCAACAGGUCAAAGGUAUCCUCAGUGAAUUGCUCCAGAGGGAAAACAGAGUUCUUCAUUUCUGGACUUUGAAGAAACGUAGACUGGAUCAAUGCCAGCAGUACCUGAUGUUUCAGAGCCACACCCAGCAGGCUCUGGAUUGGCUGCAGCAGUCAGGUGACCACUACCUGGCCACGCACACAUCGCCGGGGACAACGGUGUCUGAGACGCAAGAACUGCUGAACCAACACAGAGAGUUUUGUGUGUCCGCCAAGCACACCCAGGAAAAGGUUCACUUGCUGAUCCAACUGGCUGAGAGCAUGCUGGCUAAAGGCCACGCCCACCGCACUGAGCUUCGUCGCUGUGUUGCUACGGUGGAUAAACGUUACCGCGACUUCACUGUCAGGGUGGGACAGUACCGCCACUUGCUGGAGACGGCGCUGGGAGGGUGCUCGCAGGACAAUAAGGACAUGGAGCUGGAGCUGAUCCCCAACAGUCUGUCUGACUCUGACCCCGAGGUCAACCUGUCCGACCCCAGUCAUCAGGUCAGCGACGAGAAGAGACGCUCCGCCCGAAAGAAAGAGUACAUCAUGGCUGAGCUCCUUCAAACAGAGAGAGUCUAUGUCAGAGAUCUGCAGGAGUGUAUUGAGACGUACCUGUGGGAGAUGACGAGCGGCUCAGAGGACGUCCCGUCUGGUCUCACCAACAAGGACGACAUCGUGUUCGGAAACAUCCAGGACAUCUACGAGUUCCAUAACAGUAUUUUCCUGAAGGAGCUAGAGAACUACGAACAGCUUCCAGAGGAUGUUGGACACUGCUUUGUUACCUGGGCUGAUAAGUUCCACAUGUACGUGACGUACUGCAGGAACAAACCAGACUCCAGUUUACUGAUCCAGCAGCACGGCGUGGGAUUCUUCGAGGAGGUCCAGAGGAGACAUGGUCUAGCCAACUCCAUCUCCUCAGCUCUCAUCAAACCAGUUCAGAGGAUCACCAAAUACCAGCUGUUGCUCAAGGAGUUGCUAGCGUGCUGCGAGGAGGGGAAAGGCGAGAUAAAAGAAGGCCUGGAUGUGAUGUUGAGCGUCCCAAAGAGAGCAAACGAUGCUAUGCACGUUAGCAUGCUGGAAGGUCUGGAGGAGGGUCUGGAGGUGCAGGGCGAGCUCCUCCUGCAGGACUCCUUCCUGGUUUGGGAGCCGAAGUCUCUGAUCAGGAAGGGGCGGGACCGACACCUCUUCCUGUUCGAGCUGUCACUCAUCUUCAGCAAGGAGAUCAAGGAUUCGUCCGGACGAACCAAAUACCUCUACAAGAGCAGACUGAGGACCUCAGAGCUUGGUGUGACAGAGCACAUAGAGGGGGAUCCCUGUAAGUUUGCUCUGUGGGUUGGACGAACGCCCACAUCCGACAACAAGACGGUCCUGAAGGCGUCAUCGUUGGAGCUGAAGCAGGAAUGGGUCCGCAGCAUUCGACAGGUGAUCCAGGAGAGGCGGGGCCACCUGCGGGGGGCGCUGAGGGAGCCCAUCCCCCUCCCCAAGACACCAAACCCCACCCUGGGGCGACAGCGCAGCAUCAGCCGCAGGGAGACCAGUGAGGAUGCAGACAGUCUGGGUGACGCCAGCAGUCAGCCCGACACCGUCUCCAUCGCCUCCCGGACGUCGCAAAACACCGCCGACAGCGACAAGCUGUCGGGAGGCUGUGAGUUAGUGGUGGUGUUGUUGGAUUUCUCCUCCGGGGGACCGGGAGAGCUCAGCGUUCGCUGCGGUCAGACCGUGGAGCUGGUGGAGCGUUCAGCCGAACGGCCCGGGUGGUGUCUGGUCAGAACGACAGAUCAAACGCCCCAGCAGGAGGGUUUGCUGCCGAUGAGCGCCCUCUGUCUGUCACACUCCCACAGUGCAGCCGACAUGGAGGGGCUCAUCCCGGCUUCCACCACCUCCUCCAGCACCUCUUCCACGUGCACCACCACCUCCUCCUCCUGCAACUCCUCCUCCACCACCACCACCUCUUCCUCCAAUAGCUCCAGCUCCUCCUCUACUCUGAGCGCUGGGAGGGACUCCAGUCUGUACAGCUCUGAAGGGUCGGGGCUCCAGACUCAGACAACCAGCCAAAGUGCCACCUCCCCGACAGUGUAUGGAGCGGGCGGAGCUCCGGGGGGCGCUGUCGGCUCUCCGGGCCCGAAACGCACCGUCUCUGGAACUGGAAACACGCUGAAGCGCUGGUUGACCAGUCCUGUCCGGAGGCUGAGUCAGGGGAAGGCUGACGGACAGAAGAAACCUCCAAUCAGAACCAGGAGGCGGGACAACAGGCCGGAGCAGACCACACCCCUCACCAACGCACAGACGAAGGCGAGGAAGGAGGAGGCGGGGCAGAGUGGAGGGGAGGAGGAGCCAGAGGAGGAAAGCCACACCCUUCUACCACCUCCCAUGCAGAUCAUCAAAGACCCAAACAACCCAGAGGCUCUGGAUUCAGAUCAGGGCUCCAACGAGUCGGACACCGAACAGCGAAAUAAAGCGCUGAGAGGACGCAUGUUUGUGGUUAACGAGAUGAUCCAAUCGGAGAAGGACUAUGUGAAGGAUCUGGCUGUGAUCGUGGAGGGCUUCAUGUCCAGGUUGGAGGUCAGAGGGAUUCCAGAGGACAUGAGAGGAAAAGACAAGAUCGUCUUCGGCAACAUCCAGCAGAUCUAUGACUGGCACCGCGAUUUCUUCCUGGUGGAGUUGGACCGUUGUGUUCAGAAUCACGACCUGCUGGCCGACCUCUUCAUCAGACAUGAGCGUCGUCUCCACAUGUACGUGGUUUACUGUCAGAACAAGCCGAGGUCGGAGUUCAUCGUCAUCGAGUACGAGACCUUCUUUGAGGAGAUCCAGCAUGAGAUCAGCUGCAGGAUGUCGAUCAGUGAUUACCUGAUCAAACCCAUCCAGAGAAUCACCAAGUACCAGCUGCUGCUGAAGGAUUUUCUCAAGUACACGUCCAAAGCAGGACUAGACUGUGAAGAGAUCGAGAAAGCGGUGGAGCUGAUGUCAUUGGUACCGAAGCGCUGCAACGACAUGAUGAACCUGGGACGCCUGCAGGGAUACGAGGGGAAGUUGACAUCUCAGGGGAAGCUGCUGCAGCAGGAGACCUUCUGUGUUUGGGAGCAGGACGGAGGAGUUCUGUCUCGCAGUAAAGAGCGAAGAGUUUUCCUGUUCGAGCAGAUCAUCAUUUUCAGCGAACUGCUGCGCAAAGGCUCCAACAACCCGGGAUACCAGUUCAAGAACAACAUCAAGGUGAGUUACCUGGCGAUGCAGGACAGUGUGGAUGGUGAUCCUUGUAAGUUUGUGUUGUGGUCUCGUGGCUCGGCGGACCGCUUCACACUGCAGGCGUCCUCCGCCAGCAUCAAGAUGACCUGGGUGGAGACCAUCGCCACCCUGCUGGACGCCCAGAACAACUUCCUGUCAGCUCUUCAGUCUCCCAUUGAGUACCAGAAGAAGGAGGGUGGGAUCUCUGUGACCCGCCCUCUGUCGUCAGGGCGACCGCCAUCGGCCCCGCCCACACCCAACGGCCACGCCCCUCAGCCACCUCCUGACAUCGAGCAGGACGACCAGGAGCUGGUGCUGGUGCUGCAGGACUUCGUGGCGGUGCGGGAGGACGAGAUCUCUGUGUUUCGGGGGGAGAAGGUUCAGAUUCUGGCGUCCAACCAGCAGGGUCAGAGUCUGGUCUACCGGCCGGCCAACAGCGACUCGCCGGCCGCCGAGGGCUGGGUGCCGCGCAGCGUGCUCAACACACACUGACACACACAAAUACAAAAUAACACACACACACACACACACAGCAGGGUCAGAGUCCGGCUUACUACUAGUACACACACGCUGACUUCAAAUACUGCAGGCUAACAGGGCCAGAGGCAUGCUGGGAAUUAUUUUACGAUGGUUUUCUUUGCGAGAGGUGGAGCCUCUGAUGACGAUGGCAACACAUCUGUAACCCAAAAUAUUUGAACAACUGCUGGACUCAUUGACAUGAAAUGUACUGAUUACAUUCAUGUUCCACAGAGGCUCCAUCCUAAUUCAUUUGGUGACCUCCUGACCUUUCCUGUAGCGCCACCAUCAGGACGAACUUUCCAUUUGACCAUGACCAUCUUGAACAGCUUGGAUUUCCAUCAAAGUUUACAAAUAGUAAAACAGGGGUCAUUGUGUUUGCUUUUACUGGUUUUAUUUCCUCCCACUGGUGAUUUCUGUGCUCAUAGUUCAGAAGUUCACAACAUGUAGGAUUGUGGGGCUGCAACUAACGAUUCCUGCCAUAAUCAAUUAAUUUACCAGUUCUUUUCUUGAUAAAGUGAUUCAUCGUUUGUUCUAUAAAAAGUCCAACACCCAAAGAUAUUCAUUCUCACAUAAGAGAAAGAAAAGCAGAAAAUUGUCACAACUGAGAAGUUAAAACCAGGCAGCGUUUGGCAUUUGUGCUUGUAAAAUUACUUAAAUGAUUAAUCGAUAAUAUUUUUCUAAUCUAAUCCAACUAAUCAAUAGUAUUUUGUAAUCUGAUUGGAUGCUUAUUGAACCUUAAAGACAGGCAAGUAAAAACAGUAGUUGGCGUGGAGUUACCUACAGAGAAAUGAGGCAUUGAACUUACUCAACAUUGUAUAAACGUGCUCUGCUGCCCCCUACAGGCAGGGAUGACACAUGACAACACAGGGAUUUUACACAGAUGUAUUUCUUUCACCUAAAGACGUCCUGCUUUCUCUUGUCAACACGUCAAGUGUUUAAAAUCCUGCUUACAGGCUGCAGUGUUCAUUGCAGCCACAAUAUUAAAGUGUUGGACAGAACAAAUAAUAUCUAGAUGAUUUCUAUAUUCUUGUAAAUGUAAAGUUUGUCCUGAUUUUUGGCAGGUGGCCCUUUUAAAUGAAGCAGUUAGGGCUGCAACCAACGAUUAUUAUCAUUAUCGAUUAAUAGACUAUACAACAAGAUGUCAGAAAAUAGUGAACAAUUUCUUGAACGAUGUCGAUGUCUUGAAAUAGACUGACCAACAGUCCAAAACCAAAAUAUAUUCAAUUUGCAAUUACAAACAAAACAGAGAAAAGUAACAAAAAACACGUCAAUUGUACAGCGUACUUUAGGAUCAGGCUCGGCGGGUUUCUUCGGAUUAAAAUCAAAAGGAUUUCAUGUGUGACAUCCUAGUUCCUAGAGUACUUCUCAGGUUUAUUAAGUGUACGGCUGCACCGGACAAGUAUUUACAUGAUCAGUUAACCUGCUGAUUAUUUUCUCGGUUCUAUAAAACGUCAGAAAACCCAAGCUAACGUCUUCAAACUGCUUGUUUUGUAAGAAAUUAUCAAUUUACUAUCGCAUUAGAAAAGCAGCAAAUCCUCACGCCUAAAUGAUUAAUCAAUGAUCAAAAUGCUUGCUUUUAAGUUUAAUCGAUUAAUCAACUAAUCAUUUCAUCUCUACAAUUAGUGAAUUUUCCUUCUAACCUCAGACUGUUUAAUUUGACUAACCUGCGAGAAAAACGCAAAGAUUCGAAACAGAUCCGACAAAAUAAUAUAACUUUCUGUAGCAGAACAUGUUUUUCUGUCUUGUUAAUCAUUUUGUGACCCCUCAGAUUAAUCUUGCGACCCCUCGGAGGGGGUUGGGACAGACAUCGUCGUCCUUUAGGCUCCACAUUCACAACUGAGAUAUUUGUUUCCUAACACACUUUAGGCCCUGAUCACCUGCCAGUGUUAAAAGAUUGACUACAAACACACACACACACACACACACACACUCCCAGCAGCAGGUACUGUUAGUCUCCUCCCUCCUUCCUGGUGCUUCAACAUUCAGCCAAAACACACCUCCGUCCUCGCCUCGUCCAAUCAGACGACGCCGUCAGGUCGGCCUCCAGUUUACUGCCCCGAGCAACCAAUCGCACUCUGAUGACAUCACAAACUGUUUCCUGUGGGUCAGUGGGGGGGGGAGACCACAUGACCACAUCACCACCAACAACAACAACAACAACAACAACAGACUGGGAUUCCAGGAAGCUGCGGUUGCCUAGCGACAAGACAAUUUAAAAAAAAAAAAAAAAAGCCUCCUGGAAGAGAAGAGGUGAAAAGACCCGUCAGCCAAUCAGAACUGAGCUCUCUGCGUGUCAUCCUGUUAAUAGUGUGUAUAAACAGACUGAGGACACACACACACACACACACACACACUCCAUACACACACCACAGCUAUGAUGAAGAUGAAGAUGAUUAAUUAUGAUGAUUACGAUAAUUAAGAAUAAUAGAAUCUGUUUUUCACCUCAAUAGAAAAAAAAAGAGAGAAACUGUUUGUCAUAUCAAUGUUUGUGUGUCAGAGAGAGAGUGUGUGUGUGUGUGUGUGUGUGGGUGUGUGUGUGUGUUAGUGACGCCGUCCUGUGUGUGUGUGUGUGUGUGUGUGUGUGUGUGUUUUUUCCACGGACAGUUAGGUGGUGUCCCAGUGUAGCGUUGCCAUGACGACUCGUGUUUGCGGUGACACCCGUUUUUUGUUUUUUUUUUUGUUUUGUUUUUUUGUCUUUUUAGCGAACCAGAGCUGCCGCCGUCUGCCCUCCCCUUCCCCUCCAUACCCCCACACCCAUCUCCACCUGCCACCACCGUUACCAUAGCAACCGGCGGCGGAGCCAACAUGGCAGCCCCCUUCCCCUCCCCUCCCCGCGAGCGCACAGCUCUGGUUAGUUUGGAUAUUCUGAUUAUGCAUUUCUUGUUUCUGUAUAUAGACCAGACCUCCAACUGCUGCCCCACUAACUCUGGACACUGAACCCGUCUGUCUCUCUGUCCGCCCGUCUGUCCGUCCGACAGACAGACAGCAGCAACUCAACCUACUGUGACUGUCUGUUUCUACUAAACCCGAAACUGUAACCUUCAACACGCUCUCUACCUGUCUCUCUACCUGUCUCUCUCUCUACCUCUCUGUCUCUCUCUCUCUGUUUCUCUGGUGCCAUUCUCAGACAACACCCCGGUCCUUAAGGAGCUACGCAGCCCGUCAAGUGCACUACGGGGGGGUUAAGGUAGGACGUAGUGCACUACGACGGGUGUAGGGAGAGACACAGCAAACUAUAACGGUAUUAAGGUGGAACGAUGCCUUCAAAUGGAGCUUAUGAGGUUGUAUUGUUGAAACCAUGUAGACAAUAUGUUUGGUGCUGGUUAUGUUAAAGGCAACACACACUGGUACGGCAAGCCGGCUGGUUAAAAAAGUGUCGCUUCUCGUGUGUGUUAUCAUGCGAGACCUUUACACUAUGAAGCUAUUGCCUCUUAAGGCGUUAAUGACUGUAUUAAAACUGGGAGAAACCACUUUUUUCAUGAUUUAGUGGGAGGCCGGUGUGUCAGGACCAUUACUGUUGUUAGACUGAAAGUUCAAACGGCAGUCUCACCACAAGUACAACUCAGCAGCUGAUCAAAAGCUCCAGAACAGCAAGAUUCACGUAAGAGGUCACAUUUAAUUCAAAGAGGUCGGGCCUGGUGGUGCCAUCAGCCAAAAGCUUGGAAGCAUCAGACAACAUUGUCAAAAUUCAACACAUUCACACGCCGAAAAUGUCCCGAGACGCAAGAUUUAUACCUGUUGAGAUGCAAUAACUUGGCGUGUAAAGACGUAAACAUCUUGCAUGAUAACACGCGCGAGAAACUACACGAUUUUUAGCCAGCUGGCUUGCCGUACACCAGUGGCAUCUCAAGGCGAGAUGACCACUGUCCUAAACUGCCCACUCACUAACAAAACGUCCUCGUUAUUUAGAUUGAAGCGUAAUCCAUCUUGCGUUACGUUUCAUUAAAUGACGCGAUGUUAAGUGAUGUGGCCAGCGUGUGCUGCACUUAGAUGUAGCUUAAUGCCACAUUCAUGUCAUGCGGGAAUUACCUUAAUUACCAGUUCCCAACAUAUAAAUAGUGUUUACGUCAACAGUCUGAUAUAUCCAACCUGGCACUAAAUACUACAGAAGUGCCUGAAAAAGCAAACAUGGCCUCCUCCAGUCCAUUGUUCAAGGUAUUUAAUGGAUAUAGUGCUUUACUGACCACGCACAGUAUUUUCUAACCCUCAUACAACCAACUCUGCAUUCAUAAACUUGUCUUAGUCCAAUGACGUGAACACUCGCAAGUCGUCUUUCCCAUCCCACAUAACAUGAACACGGCAUUAGUCGGGUGAAUGACACUACCUUGUUCCCUUUUCAGGAAUGGAAAAUGUCUUCAACAUGUCGAUGUUGUGAUUGGGAAUGCAAGAGAAAAGAGUAGAAAACUGAGAAAAGUAACGUCUAUGGGGUCCAACAAUUUUUAAAACGGCAGCAACUGUCGCAACUUGUGAACUUGGAGUGCACCAGAAGGAUUUCGGGUGGACUGUAGUGCACUACAAGAUGGUGAUAGCGCACUCUGAAAGGUGUAAGGAGGAAAGGAGUGCAUUAUGAAGAGUUUAAGGUGGAAUGUGGGGCACUAUGAAGGGUGUAAGGAGGAAGGUAGUGCACUAUGAAGGGUUUAGGGUGCAACAAAGUGCACUAAGGACUAUUUUAGGGUGAAAGUGGCACACUAUUAAGAGUCUCAACUCAAACAUAGCGCACUAUAGAGGGUGUAGCGCAGAAAGCAGUGCACUACGAAAAGUUUAAGGUGGAAAGUAGUGUACUAUGGCAGGUUUAAGGUGGAAAAUAGUGCACUACGGAGGGCGUAGGGUGCUGUUUGAGACCUAGCCUUGUUGCCGAUUGGCAAACUCAACUAACCAAUCAAACAGUGUUAUUUGUACAGAACUAACAGCUGCUAACUGACUGCUAACAGCUUUCUGUCGUUGUUUGUAAUAAACUUCAUUUUUCAUCCAAA